ACAUUUAACCAAAGGGAAGGGGGCUGGCAGAGGCUAAGACAGGAAUGCAGACACUCAGACAAACGCAGACACACUCUUCUGUCUCAGAGUAUCUCCGCUGCCUUGCGCCUCUCAUUUACACACACACAUAAACACAAGCUUACACACAUUUUCAGGCAGUAGACACUAACACACUCCCACCACACACACACACACACGCAUCUGUGCAAGCUUAUACACAUUUUCAGGCAGUACACACAAACACACACCCACCACCCACAAACAUACACAUAUCUGUGCAAGCAUACACACAUUUUCAGGCUGUACACACUAACACACACCCACCACCCACACACACACGUAUCUGUGCAAGCUUACACACAUUUUCAGGCACGUCUCCCCCACCGAAAUGCUCUGCUGGGAUUUGUGUUUGGCCCUGCUCUUUACAGCCCUCAUGGUGACAGCUCUGCCUCCCACCAGCAUCAAGAUAACUGAAGCAGCUCUGCCCCUGCAGCUGCUCAACCCCAGCCAGCCGGCCGUCUGCCCCCUCUUCUGGACUGAGUUUGAGAGCCACUGCUACCGUUUCUUUCCCCUCAACCGCACCUGGGCUGAAGCAGACCUGUACUGCGCCGAGUUCUCCAAUGGGCUCAAGUCGGCCAAGCUCGCCUCCAUACACAGCUGGGAGGAGAACGUGUUUGUCUAUGACCUGGUGAACAGUCGUAUCCCAGGGAUUCCCACGGAUAUAUGGAUCGGUCUCCAUGACAGACGACAGGAGGGCACCCUGGAGUGGACCGAUGGCUCUCCAUUUCAAUACAGCUACUGGGAUGGGAACCAACCAGACGACGGUAUCCACCGUAUGUCCACAGAAGAGGAUUGUGUGGAGAUUUGGUUCAGGCACAGCAGUGCACUAAGGUCCUGGAAUGACAACAGCUGUGAAAAGACCUUUCCCUUCGUCUGCAAGAUCCCCACACUGGAGAACUAAUUCUGGGGCACCCGUCACACCGCCUCCUAGCUGCCUGAAGUUGCCAUCGCACCGCCCUCACCGCAGUGCCCGGAAGACUGGACCCCAGCAUGAGCUGAGGAAGGAGCCCUCAUUAUACUGGCUCUCCCUCCCCCUCUCUUCCUGCAGCGCCUGAACAGAUACAGCCAGGACAUUAGCCACACUCUCCAGAGAAGCCACCGGAGAAUCCAUCUAUCCUCAUUUAAAGCUGUGAGUCACCGCAUGGGCCUCCGCUACGUCGGAAGCACAUUGCUGUUAUUGCCACUGCCACUAUCAUCAUCGUAUACGGUUACAUAUUUGGGCUGCUGUCAUUUUUUUGUCGUGAAAGAUAGGUCCUUGCUUUAAUGUGAUGCACAUCUCAGUGCCUGUUCAACCGUAAGGCUGCUCUAGCUGUCUAGCAGGCGGGAGGGUUGGAAACUCCAAUACAGCGUUGGAUAGCUUGAGCAGGAAUGGCACCUGGAGACAAGACCCGAUUCCUCUGAACUGAGUGGCGGGCCAGACCUAGCUCUGUGUUCUCUACCUUUCCCACAGCAAGUCCCUAGUGUUCAAUAUUUUAGAGGCAUAGUGGUAGAAGUGUACAAUGCAAAACAUUUGUAGCUAAUGUUUGUUGAAAUAAAAAGAAAACCUUGUUUAUAA